AUGACUAAUGAUGAUUCGACUUCCGAAACGCUAACGGACGUUUCAAUGAUGCAAGCCACUAGUAGUAAUGAUAUGAUAAAUAAACAAAAUAUCACUCCACAAUUAUCACCGGAAAUGUUAAUUAGAAACGAAAAUGACAGAACAUCGUCAUACUGGAUAAAAGAUCAAAAUAAUAAUGAUAAUCAAACUCAUGAUGAGCAAAAACAACAACAACAACAGCAAGUGGAAGGAAUUAAUCAUGAAAUACAAGAAGAAGAUGAUAAUGACGUUGGUGGGGGACAAUCACAUACAACGUCUAAUAUUGAUGAACAACAACAAAAAGUGGACAAUGAGGACGGUGGCACAGCUAACAAAAAUCGACUCUGUUCAUCGUCAGUUAAUCAAUUGGGGGGUGAAUUUAUCAAUGGAAGACCAUUACCAACUGAUACACGUGAACGAAUUGUAAAAUUAGCUGAAAAGGGUGUGAGACCCUGUGAAAUAAGUCGACAGUUAUCAGUUAGUCAUGGAUGUGUUUCAAAAAUAUUAAAAAGAUUUCGUUUAUUUGGUACCACAGCUCCCGGUCUUAUUGGUGGUUCGAAGCCUAAAGUGGCUACACCUGAAGUUGUUGGUCGCAUAAGAGAAUAUAAAGUAAAUAAUCCUCAAAUAUUUGCAUGGCAAAUACGAGAAAGUUUACAAAAAGAAGGAAUAUGUUCUGCUGAUAAAUUGCCAAGCGUCUCCUCUAUUAAUCGAAUUGUACGUUCAAAUCGUCGAAUUGUGAUUAAUCCAGAUGGAACGAUUAAUGAGAUCGAUUCUGAUUUCUAUGAUAGUGAUGAUGAAAACUCAGCGAAAUCUGAACAUGCUAAUGUUUCAUCACCAUCCUCAGGAUCUGUUGGUUCAUCGCCACGAUCGGGUAAUAUUCGCCAUCGUGGAGAUUGUCGUUGUGAUUCUUGUGUUAAAAAAUAUAAAUUUUCACCCUGUAAUAAUAAAUCAGUAAACGGAGAUGUAACCAACGGAAAUGAAUUAGAGAAUAAUAGCACAAGUAAACUAGUUUCAUCAGAUAAUCAUCAAUUACUAGAUGAAUCAAAUUUGAACAGUAUCGAACCAGACUUUUAUUCAACACUGAAGAAAAUGUUUGAUAAUGAACCAGGUGAAUUAAAACUGAAAACGCCACCACCAGCUCAUUGUCGUACAAAAACAUCUUCGAUAUCCACACUUAUCCAUGAUAAUCCACUUGAUCUAUCUAUCACAACGCCGAAUCGCAAACAGGGAAAAAAACAGCUAAAAACGAAACCUAUUUCCGAGAAAAUUUCAAAUGAACCAUUGAAUCUUUCUUCAAACAUUAAAAAACGACCGGUAACCGACAAUAUUUCAUCACCGUCAAAACGUAGUUCAUCAAACAUUCCAAAUUAUGUAACGGAUAAAUCACAAACGCAUUUAUUAACAAAUAGCAUCUCUUUACAACAACAACAGCAGCAGCAGUUACCAACAUCAUUUCCACCUGUCUUGUAUAAUUUAUUUGCUCAAAAUUCUUCGCAAUCGUUACAUCCUCUACUUAUCCCAUUUUGGAGUCCAUUUCUUGAUGCUCAACAACAGCAACAAUUAUUUCAAAUACAACAAUACUAUUCUCAACAUCAUCCAAAAGAUUUAAAAACAUCAAUAGCAAAAUGA